CCCCAACCACACUCCCAUUUCUCCCCUUCCCCCCCCUCCAGAACCUGCUCCCCCCCUCCAAGACAGUUGGUCUACAUAGUAAUCAACUGCCAUCACAAUGUCUGUCAAGCGCCCUACAAUGGAACUGGGCACUGUCCUGGUGGUUGGUGGCUGCGGGUUCUUGGGCUGGCACAUUGUUGAUCAGUUGCUCAAUUUCCCCUCCGAGACCGACCCCAGUGUCGCACUCCCCAAGCCACAGGGAGACGCGCGAUUCGACUACCCCAAGCUGGGCGAUCGGUACCCUCGGUGCAUCGCCAAGGUAGCAGUGGUCGACCUCCGAACGACCCACAACCGGCUACCCGGUGCUGAGUACCACGACGGCGACAUCACGUCCGCGGAGUCCAUGCUGGCCGUUUUCCGCGCGGUCAAGCCCGACAUCGUCAUCCACACCGCCACCCCGAAUGUUCUGGAGGGAAACAAGCCGUUGCUGCGCAAGGUGAACGUCGAUGGAACCAAGACACUGCUGGAAGUCGCGGGCGGCGAGCGUGGCGACUGGGGUGGAAAGUGCAAGGCUUUCGUCUACACGAGCUCGAGCUCGGUCGUGCACGACACGCAGAGCGAUCUCAUCAAUGUGACUGAAGAGUGGCCUCUUAUCCGGGGGGCGCUGCAACAAGAGUACUAUUCGGAGACCAAGGCGGACGCCGAAGAAAGCGUCUUGAAGUACAACCGUGCCUCGCCUUCCUCGAUGGUGACCUGUGCUGUCCGCCCGGCCGGAAUCUACGGCGAGAAGGAUACGACCUUCACUUUCAAGAUCCUGGAACACUCCUCCAAGGCCUCUCCCACCGUCCUCCGAAUGCAGCUGGGCGAGAACAACAACCUGUUCGAUUUCACGUACGUUGGAAACAUCGCAUACAGCCACACUCUCGCCGCGUACCGCUUGCUCGCUAGUUACAACCGGUAUGAGUCUGGACAGGGCGCCGCGCUGGAUCACGAACGAGUGGACGGAGAGGCGUUCAACAUUACGAACGACUCUCCGGUCUACUUCUGGGACAUGACUCGUGCUGCGUGGGCGCUGACAGGCAAGGUCGUCGAGCCUCAUCAGGUGUGGGAGCUCCCGGAGUCUGUUCUGGGCCCUAUUGGCGGCAUCGCGGAGACAGUGCUGGGUCUUCUCGGAAAGACGCCUCGCCUCACCAGGAGAACGGUGCGCUACUCGUGCAUGACUCGCUACUAUUCGUGCGACAAGGCCAAGUACCGACUUGGGUACAAGCCCCUCGUUUCGGUGGACGAGGGUCUUGCCCGUGCAGUCGGGUAUGUGGUGGAAAAGGAGCGCCUGGCUGGCGAAAAGAAGGCUCUGUGAGUUCCGGAUGGGAUCUGAUACGUGUGUAUAGCUUUAAUGUAAUAUAAAUAAUCCAUCGAGUAAUUUGAGUUCGAUUGCAUCCUAC